ACGAGCAGCACCUGAAGGCAGCACCCCGGUACCCGCACCGCCUCCUCCCGCACCGCUGAGGCGUCAAAUCCACCUUUUUCUGCGCGCUGAAACGGCAGCUCCGAGCUCCGAGACGAAUCAGGACUAGACUCGGGUCAGGACUGUGGAUGCUGGACCACCUGCCGGACCGGAUCAUGUGGUUUUAAACGGAUAUAAGGGGAUCUGACCGAAACGUGAACUGAUGCUGCUGUGUGAUGGGAGAGUCAGCCGAGCAGGAUGGGCAACAAGCAGACAACCUUCACCGAUGAGCAACUGGAGGCGUAUCAGGUGAUGUGUUUACACCGGGGUGACACGGAUUAUUACCGUGAAUACAAACACAGAGCUCAGCUUCACGGUUUGACUCAGUGUACCACUUUAAUAAAGGUGAAGAUAGGCUGUGUUAGGGUUUAAUGAAACAGAAAAGAGUGGAUGUAAAAGGAGCGGGCAGGGCAGGGUGUCUCUCCUGUUGCUGAUUGGCUGAACUCCAGCCUCCCUCUGCAUCCUGCUGCAUGUGAUGCUGCUGCUGCUGCUGAGGGCUGACUGAUGGUGUGAAAGCAGAUCCUCCCAGAGGAGCAGCAGCAGCAGCAGCUCUCUGACUCACUCUGACUCUUUCUGUUUACAGGACUGCACCUUCUUCACCAGGAAAGAGGUCCUGAGGUGAGUCUCUGUGUAAAAACAGCUUCAUCACAGGUGAGGAGCGGCUCAGCGGAGUGUGAGAAGAGUUUACAUAACGGCCACGCCUGUCUGAUCAAUCCACUGAGGCUACACUCAUUCAACUUUAGUCGUAGUCAUAAAGAAGUCUGUAAUAGGAACAAUAAAUAAACUUUAACAAGGGCUAACAAGAGACAAAUUAAAAAAGAAAACUGAACAGCUGCAUCUCAUAGAUUAAAACAACUUAAAACCUCUAAAAAAGUUAAAAACUCUGAACAUUAAGUAUUAAAAAAACUGAUCAGCCUUUCUGUAUGUUUGACUAAAGCACGUCUGUACCACUGGAUGUUUAAAAACUCAUAUGUACGAUUACUGAAAGGGUCCAUGCAUCAAUUUACUGACAAAAAGUCAGAUGUCACUUGUAGUAAACUAUUUUCACAGUGUGAUUAAAACCAAAGGACUUAAACUCUUUUACUGCUUAUAUUUUAUCACAGGCUGCAAACCUCACAAAUCAUUCAGUCUUUUCAAGCCUUUAUAUAAAGUCCAAAUUCCAAAUCUUGAACUCUAAAUCAUUUUGUCCCUUAGCUUUUCAGACAUACACAGACACACAUGCCUGUUUCUCCCUGCUCUCCUCUCUCCACCUGUAGCUGCUGUCUGAUAGUCGGUACUGCUAAAGCACAACAUGUUACAGAUACAGCGGUCCACCAUAAAUCUUAGCAUAGAGGGAGUAUGCACUUCAUUCAUCCAAUCAGACAUAACGGGGCAACCCAGCUGACCAGACAACAGUCGUUCAGUUUAGGUGAUCAUAAUUUUAUGACUUCGGGCGAAUUGAUUUCCGAUUUGUCAGCAAGUGGGUAUUUUCAGUUUGUGUCGACUUGGUGCCGCCUUGUGGACGAAACAGUUUUUGCUUAUUUGGUCCUCUGCAUCCUGAAGUGUAAACUCAGAAUGAAUGAAUCAGUACGAAUCAAGAAAUCUCAUCCUACUGAAUGAACUUCAUGAAUAUUUUAUAUGUGUAAAUUAUAUUUCUUAAGCUGCUUGGCUGACGUCCCCACUUUGCUUUUGUGAAAAUACGUGAACAUAAAUUUUAGUCUAUUUCAAAAAGAAAAAUCCUCAUCGGAGCUUUAAAUGCAUUAAAAAUAAUGCAAACUAUCAACAGAUGCAGCAAAAAUACAGUUUAGGUUUAUGGGCUUUAUUUUGUUUUGGUUUCAGAUAAUCCUGUUAGGCAUUAAACGACUCAAGAUAAUCCAGAAAAUGGACUCAGAGUCCACGAGUCUGCUCCAGUAUCAGGACUAACAAGUUUAAUAUCUGUAUAAAAACCGUCAAGGCUCUGUGGGCUGUUUUUCAGUGUUUUCUAUCAUGUUUAUGUUUGUGCAGAUCUCCUCAACAGAAGAAGUCCUAGAACUGUAACUCCGUUUGUUUGCGUUUGCAGUUUACACAGCAGAUUUCGAGAGCUGGCUCCACAUUUAGUGCCGCUGGAUUACACCAACAACCCCGACAUCAGAGUUCCUCUGACGCUCAUCGUGACCAUGCCAGAGCUGAAGGUAGAGAGCCGAGAAACACACUUUGAGUAAUUUACAUUCAGGACUCAGCAGCUUCACAACACAAGAGCAACAUGGUGCUUAAUUCAACUCACAUUAAACUUUGGUUUGGACAGAGCGUCAAAUAAAACCUGCUGCAGAGUGAAUAUUUAGAGCUGACAUGCAGACGUGAAAUUACAGAAGCUCUCUGUAAAAACAUGCUGCAUCACCAAACUGAAUUUGUGUUAAGAGAGAAAAACAGACGCCUCUCUGUUUCUGUUUUGUUCCAUUAAAUAAUGAAUGAAUGAAUAACUGGAUCAAUAAUUCAGGAGUGUUUGUCGUGCCGUUAAAGUUUCUCCCUGUGUGUGUGUUUUUGUGUGUGUUUGUUUGUGCCGACAGGAGAACCCGUUCAGAGACAGAAUCGUGGAGACGUUCUCGGAGGACGGACAGGGGAACCUCAGCUUCAACGACUUUGUCGACAUGUUUUCUGCUCUGUGUGAAACUUCACCCCGAGAGCUGAAGAACAUCUACGCCUUCAAGAUCUACGGUGAGACUCACAGCUGCUGCUUUUACACUUAAGUGCUUAUUCCUCUGUCUCAUAAUUAAAGAAAUUAAAGCAAAAGCAGCAAAAAAAAGAGAUGAAACAUGAGGUGUACGUUUCUUGAAAGAUCAGAAAAUAGAAAAAUGUCGACAGAAAUUAACAUAUUUAUACAAAGGGAGGGAGUUUGAGCAAAUAUAAGAUGACGUGCAUUGGUUUUAUUGGAAACAGUCUUGUUUGAAGACAGAGGAGCUUAUUUCCACACUGGCACCAGCUGAGCAGAGAGCAGGACGCAGAGACGGCUGCAAAAGGAGGAAGAUCGUACAAGGACAAACAUUUAUCAUAGCUAACCCAGCUUACCUGCAGACAACAUGAUCCAUGAAACUAUUUCUUCCACUAAAUUCUUCAAAACUCUGACUUCUGUUCCAAAAUAACUCUCUGACAAAAUUUCAAAAUAAAAGCACCACAGAAACAAGGAGAGUCCCUCCACGGAAAGAAGCGAUGAGGCUUUUGCUCCAGGAGAUACUCACUAAGUGCUUCUGUGUGUAUUUUUCAUGCUUGUGAUACAGAUAUAAACGAAUACAAAGGCAGCACAGCCUUCAACUCAUCAUUAUUUAGUAUAUUUCAGCUGAAACCCACAUGCAGAUCACACCAGCUGUGCCAGGGUGAGGCUGGAGAUCAAAUCUGCUCUAACUGAACCAGAGCGCUCGGUGGAAAUGCAUUAAUAGUGGAAAUGAGAAUUCGGUGUGUGAGAACAGGUGCAGCGCAAGCGUAGAGAAAGUAUAAGUUUGAUUCUGUGCCACACUGAGGGAAAUCUCCCGUUUGUGCUCCAGACUACAACAGGGACAACUUUAUCUGUAAGGAGGACCUGACCAAGACUCUGAACAAGCUGACCAAAGGAGAGCUGACGCCAGAGGAGGUCACGCUGGUGUGUGAUAAAGCCAUCGAGGAGGCCGACCUCGACGGAGACAGCAAGCUCUCCUUCGCAGACUUCGAGAACAUGAUCUCAAAGGCCCCUGACUUCCUGAGGUACGACUCAGCUUCAUCCUCUUACAGUUUUUAAUGUGGAUGAAGUGUCUCCACCUCCUCCACCUGGCACUGACAUGGCUAAAAUGCUGAUUCAUGAGAUCCUGAACCAAAACAAAAGGGAGGAGUGAGCGCCCCGGUGUCUGACCUUAGAGAGCUGUUAUUCCCUUUCAUAAAGAUACAGCAGGAUCAGAGCAGAGACCUUUCAGUCUGAUUUAACAGCUCCACUCUAUCAGUACACACCUUCAUUAGAGUUAUCUGACCUGGUUGCCAUAGUACGAAGAUCCCAGAGGCCUCAUUUCAGGCUAAUCUGUGAGCAGUGGUCCGGGCCCAUGGACUGAUUUAUGACUGGAGUCAUUGACUGGAUAAAUCCAGUCCUCUACUUGAGGCUCUUCAGCCUCUUAUUUUACCUUUCAGUCACGAUCUCUCUGUUUGGCGUGGGCGGAGGAACGAAGCGUCACAGUGACUGAUCAGGUUUCAGAGAAGUAAAAGAGAAGUUUGAUGAAAGUUCAGAGUUUUAUUAUCGGGGAUUUAACCUUUAGGAUGUUCAGAGACACGCAGACCCUGAAAAGUUAUGAAGUUGAACGGUAUGUGUGGGCAGCUGCAGCUCCGCCUCCAACAAAGUCAGGAAGUCUUAAAAAACAUAGAUGCUUGGACUCAGAGACUCAUUGUCCCGGGUCAGAACCAAGCAGGGUGAAGCUGCAAGGUUCUGUGGACCUCACCUGUGCAACAAACUCCCUGAACACCUCAGGUGUGCACAAACUGUCAGCUCAUCAAAAUCAGGCCUGAAAACAUUAAAGUUAACUGUUUUCUGUUUACUGCAGCUUUCCUACAGCAACAUUUCCUUUAACUUCUACUUUGCUGUUUAUCAGAUUCAACUGUUUUAAUGAUUAUAAACUACAUUUUAAUAUUUUAUUGAUCGUAAGCUGAGAAAUGCUUCCUCUGUUCCAUGUUUCUAAGGGGAAUAAGGACCAAAUUGGGACCUGACUAAUGAAAUGGGAAAAACAGGUGAAAAGCUGAGAAGCUUUAAAGAGAAAACUAAUACAGUCCGAGACAGACGAAGAGAAAACUAGGAACCAUCUGUGGAGCCCUGGGUCUGAAAACUCUGAAGACGUAUUUCAUUUUUCUGGGAAACGAUGAUCCUGGUGUUCAGAGCAAACAGACGAAAAAAAAUAUCUGUUUGUCUUCGGGGUGUCCCGAUAUGUUAUUGAUAUCUGAUAUCUGUCCGAUAUCAACAAAAAUCAAAUAUUGGAUUAUAUCGGCCUGCAUCUAAAAUCUCCGACACAAGCAGUCACUUUUUACUUGUAGUAAAAAUCACUCUGUUCUCCGACACGUAAACAAUCAGCCGGUCGGCCAUGUUGGAUAUAUCGAUGAACUCUGAUUGGUCAGAAGUGGACACACAAUAUGCGAAACUUUAGAAAAAUCGACCAUGAUCUGAAAAAAUAAAUGCCGCAAUAUCGCAGGACGAGAAAACGUCACUGAUGUGAACGCUUGUAUUGACAGGAUACGGGUUCGAAAAAAAUAGUGACGUCCGAAAUAAUCGCACAAAAAAAACCCACUCCUGCUGAAAACGGUGAAAGAGCCUGAAGUCUGAAAAAGACAUUGAAGCUGAAAAACUUGUCAUGCACAAUUUUGUGCCAAUAUCGGAUCAAUAUCGGUAUCUGUCAAUAUUGAAGGUUAUAAUAUCCGUAUCGUAUCAGGAGUCAAAAGUCGUAUCAGGACACCUUUAGUUUGUCUUAAUGAUUUUAAAUCUUUUUAAUCUCUUUUUUAAUCAUUUUUUAUGUAUUUCUUCACAUCUGUAAAGAACUUUGAAUUGCCUCGUGUAUAAAUGUUUCUGUACAAAUAAACUUGCCUUGCCGUCAGAGCCCUGUCAGCGUCCUCUACACCAGACUGAGUCCCUGCGUGGGCGUCAUUUUUAACUCUUUUUUGUUUGUUUUUUUUUGCAGUAACUUCCACAUACGAAUAUGAAACGAUGCUGAGAUCCUGCCGUGGACAGAAGUCUCACUCUGACUGUUUCCUGCUUCCACAAGUCUUCUACCCCCAGACUCCACCUCCACCUGAACCUCAGACACCACCUCGACUCAGUGCCUGUCCUUUCUAUCGCCGGUGGAGACUCUCAUUCCUCUCCAGCAGAACCUGAGACCUGACACAGAGUCCAGUCUGGACUCGGAGAAGCACAGGCAGUUUCUUGCCAACUCGCAUCUCACGGAGAGAUCGGAAGUUUUGGAGGGAAAGUCGUUACCGCAUGAAACCUUUCUCUUUUUAACUCAUUUAUAAACUAACGAGAAGGAUCGAUAACCAAGAUGGGGCUAAUUUUCUACCAAGAGGGCUUCUCUGCAGCUCUGGUGUCUCCUAAGGACGGGUUCGCUCCCCUGAGGCACAUCUGGAGACUCUGCAGAGUCAAGGGAACAGGGCUUUUUUGACUUCAGUGCUUUGCAGAGAGACCAGAUCGACUGACUGGAUCCUUUUCAACAAGCACAGAUUUAAAGGGCAAAACAGUGAAGAGCUAUGCAAUCUUUCUUUGUGAAGUGCAUGUUGUAAAUUGCUUCUAGCUGUGGUUAAUUUGUACACCUGGUGUAGUUGAACGUCUCGGUGCAUAAUGACAAUCAUAGUAAACUGUAGUUCAGUUAAUGGAAGGGCUCUCUGUCGUCUCACCUGUAAACUUUGGCUUUGAUAAAUCUUUUCCUGCUGCCGACCAAGUUUAUAGUAGAGCUUUCAGUCAUUUAAGAGAAAAAGGUUUUGUGGCUUGAAUCAAAUAAACGAUUUUUCUGUUGCUUGAUGCUUCGUUAAACUUUUUUAACCGACUGGUUCAGGUGAAGGGAUUUAAAGGGCAAUUACGUCCGCUAUUAUCGGUCCAGACUUAGAGAACAGCUGACUCUUAUUUAGAUCAUCCUGUACAGCAUAAGGAGAGCACAAAUCUGAGCAUUAGCUGCUCUGUAAACUUUCUGCAGACUCAGAGCUGUUGAGCCGUAGACAUGGAUUUGUAGAACUCGACUUCCAAACAACUUAAAGGGAUAUUCUGGCGUAAAAUUUAAGUUAUGGUCAAACACACUGUAACACCGAGUUAGACCCCCCCUCCAGAGAUGAAUGUUGUAGACCGCUUGCUUCUCUAGUUAUACCAACUUUAGUAACGACCGCAGGAUAGCAAUACAGAGAGCCACGCCCUCAACCAAAACGCCACUCUAUAGCCACAAAUAAUGCUCAGAACAGCACCUAACUUCAUCAACAGGACAUAUAGGGUCACAGACAUAGUACUAGACACCAAACAUCUUUUUAACUUUGACUGAUUUCUUUAGCAAAGAGACUAAACACAACUCACCUACUCUCUUCCAGCAGCCGCUUGUUUGUACGGAAACCUCAGGCCAGUCCAUUACAGACUACAGUGGGGUGCCGCAGCUCAAGGAAGAACAUUUAUGAUCAUUUCCUCACGGAAAAACAAUCAGACCGAGACGCUAAGGCAGAAGAACUACUGCGUCUGUAAAAUGAUCAAUAUGGUGAUUAUCACUUUAAGGAAAUGAUUCGCUGCACUCGGUGAUCGCUGGUGACCAAGUAAUGCUGGAAUAUGCCUUUAAGAUGUGGUAAAAUGCUGAUAAAACCACGUUUACAUGGUCUUUAAAUUAUUCUAACUGAAAAUGGUGCCAAGAUGAUAAAUCAAAUGUUGAAAUUGUUUUACGAAAAAUAUAUUUGUAUAUUUCUCGUUUGAAAUUUGAUGCCACUAACAUGUUUCAAAACACGGGGCAGGUGCGUUUCCCACCGGGUUACAUCAGCUCUUCUUUUGGGACCCCAGAGACCAGUUUCUGUUAAAUAUCCAGUUUAUGGUCUCAUAUCAGUUAUCUGUUCGAAAUGCACCAAAUGUUUUAAAACGUGACGAGUCAGGACUCUGAGAAACUGGAGAAAAAGGCUCUGAACUUCUGAUAAGAACACAACUCUUUGUAUCAGGUGUAUAAAUAUUUUUUACAGCUGCCUAAAAAAAUCAAAAGCUCUUGGAAGGGCUGGUUUAGAGACAGACUGAUUAAUGCUGUUGGGUACGAAUCAAUCAAGCAGGUGACAGCUGAAGUAAACGAUUAUAUGCUGUAAAAUAGUCACAGUAGAAAAUCCUCACUAAGUUGUGCAUUUGACUGUUUAAAGAAACUAAAGUGUCAGGGAUUAGUUCACGUUGACUAAUUACUCACAGACACCACAGUGAUCUUGUUCGGUAAGAAUGAAGAGAAACGCAGGUUUACCCGGACAGAGGAAGGAAGCGGCUGCUGCAGCUGCUGGUUUCAGGUUUCAGGCUGCUGUUCAGGGGUUGUUCAGUUCAGGUGGAGUCGUGUCGCUGCAGCACUGAAACACCAGCGGGACAUUUGUUCUGAUUAUAGUGACCAGCCAACUGUGGUUAUAUCAUCGUGUUCCUGCUGCAGCAGCACAUCAGCCUUUAACUGCCCGACCACACGGCCUGCUGUCUGCUGGACCUGCUGCUUUCACCUGAGAGGGGGGCUGCUGCAGGAAAUAUGGAGAUCAAUCAGCACUUUAGUGUUCCACUGACACGGACUGAGCUGUUUCAGGUGAAGAGUUACACAUUCAUUUAUAUAUAUAUACACUUAUACAACAGAGAUAAAGCUGCACUGACGUUUUUAAUCUCUGUGUGUUUGACCCUCAGGUUUGGCGUUUGUUUUUCUGCUUUUUCCCCCCAAAACAAAGUCUCAUGUUUCGUCUCUUCAGGUGGAUCGAUCUGGUUUCUGUCUGCAGGAUUUUCAGCCUCCUGUGAUCCUCAGCUUCUGUUACAUAUCAAUCUGAUUUCAGCCACUUUACUCUGCUCUCUGUGUUGGUAUAAAAACACACAGGAAGUCUGCAGGGUUUUAGCUCUGACAGACACGUUUGAUUUGGUUAUUUUUGAACAGCGCUCAUGCACCUCAACAAUACUGACGACAGAUCCAGAGCGAAGAUAAACACGACACGUGUCUGUAUAAUUUUCAACAAUCAGAAAAGAAACAGUCUCUCUGUGUAACAAAACCUGCACUAAUAAAGGUUUAGUUAAAAAAGGUUAAAAACGUCUCAUUUCAUAUUAAAUAAAUACAGUUUAAACAAACAAAAUACUUUAAUUUGCUUGGAUGAAUGAAACUCUGAUACUGUGGCUCUUACUCUUUUCUGAGUUUAUUUCAUUUCAACAGUUUUAAGCAGUUUUUGCAGACUACCUAAUGACCAUCACAACAAAAAUUAAUGUAGAAGUUUAAAGAAUGGUUAAUAAACCUCUGCUUAAGGCCCACAGCCAGUGAGGGCCCCCAAGAGCAGUCGAAGGAAAAUAGUAUUUAUGAUUUUUUGCAUGUAUGAGUGAUUCUUCCUGCAUGAUCAAGUAUAUAUUAUUGUAAAGAUAAAAUAAAGUAAAAACAUUU